AUGACGUUGAAGCCGCAGCCGGCCAAGCAGCAUGGCGCCGAUGGAGGUCCGAAUUCUUCAUCAACCCCAGCAAAAAGGAAACCUACCAAGCCUCAGGGCUCAGCCAAGGAACGAGCGGGCCUCUUAUACCGAGUACAUAGACACUUCAGCGACCUUCCCCAACUAGAUUACACACGGCCCACACCAAAUUACGAUCUCGCCGUAAAACUCUUUGGUGGGCUGGCCACCGACAAAAAGGCUGCGAAAACUGACGGAAAGCGGAAGGCAAAAGCUGGAGACUUUAAGAUCAAGAGGUCUGAGAUCGAGUCCGGCACAGAUGAAGAUGAGGAUGAGGAUGAUGAGGAUGAUAAGGAUGAAGUUGACCCCAGAUUUUUUGAAAGACCAUCUUCCAGACUAGGCUUCCACCGAAUGACGGCGAUCGAGGAGGAUGAAACUUCCAGCUCAAGGACAGUCGAAUAUUUUCGUUCUGCUAAGCCCAACGACUGUGUAAUCAUUGAUAUCGAAAAGAGACUCUUUCGAGCUGCUAGACCGAGGGUAAGCGUGUACGCUCCUGCUGGAGAAGAGCAUCUCCGUAAAAUUGGCUCAUGGCUUGGACUACCGGAGCCUCAUUCGCCACUAAACGUUUUGAAAAAGGCUUCGCGACUAGAGUGGGCAAUGUUUGAAACCCUUCCAGAUGUAACAAGGACAGGUGUCCGGGGAUUUGGGAACAGCAUAGAGCCCGUAAGACCGAGCAGCCAGGCCGACAUCGAUCGUAGGAUUACCAUUGCUCACUGGAAUUCUUUGAAUUGGGAUGAAGUAUUGGAGGCAAACAAAUAUCGACUGAACGAUAUGAAAUUUCGUGAACUAGAGGACAGUAUCAUGGCUCUGGAUGGGAGAUUAAGUCCUGCAACGGCCCCAACGAAGUAUAUAAGCGAAAGAACUUCCCCAACGCCAAAAGAACGCUUCCAAGAUGGCAAGCGUCGACGUUCAGGGCUUAUGUUUUCACUUAAUACAGAUCAAUUCGAUGACCAACCGUUGCUUCCUCCUCCUCCAGACUACACCGAAUGGACUAAAGAAGUCAUGGGUACACCUCAUAAGAAACGACUUCCCAAGAUACGAUCAAGGGAUAAAGAAAAUAGGAACCACUGGAUAACUCGAGACUUAAUAUAUCAAAAAGGCAUCACAGCGCUUGUGUUUGUGAGAGAAUUCCAGGAUAGACGAAUUCAAGACCUCGUGGAUACUCUGAGUAAAGAAAAAGGUGAAACAUUCUGCGUGGAUAGCCACGCUCACCAUGUUGACACCACUGUAACGAAACAUCAAUACUUUGUUGCACGACUCUACAAUGCGGCACUCCAAAGAGUGAGCCUAUUGGAUGGGAAACACUAG